AUGGACCUAGACAGCCAUGGCCCCAGUACCAACUCUGGACAGAGUCUACAAAUGGUCGAUCAGACCAAUUCUAUGACCUGUCAGCUGAAGUUCUUAAUUUAUGUCGCGUGGUCUCAAAUCACAUACUUUGUCAUGGUACCCAGGACCUCGGAACUUGAGCGUCGACCCAUGGAUAUUCAUAUCGAUCUCACCCACGUCGUCUGGUACGAGAUUAACCCAUCCAAUAUGAGGCCUGAUCUCAAGUUGGCUCCGCUCCCCUUAGAUUCCACGGGGUAG